UCUCAUUUGCCUGGCUCAUGGUGCAUGACGGAACUGACUGCUCAGGCAAUACGAGGAAGUUAUGCUAUUUUAAAAAAAUGAACUGAACACUUUACUUGGGAUAUUCUAGAGGAUCACCGGUUUCGCCAGCCGCUACACGCACAGCACCUCUCGAUGCAGCAGGCCCCAGGGUACAGGCCGAUAAGUGGCGUGACCCACGUAAUUGGAGGAGCCCCCGGGAUAACCACCACAAUUGUAGUGGGGAACACACAACUAGGCACAGGGCCAGGUUCUACAACGGUCACCGACACUCGGGAAAAGAGAUGGCGCCAGCAGACGACAGUGCCAUCGGAGACCCGCGCAGGCUGUUGCGGCCUUUUGACGUCCUGUGUCCUCAUUAAUCUAUGUAACAGCGUAGUGACCUCCAUGAUCAGCGGGGAGAGUCAACUGUUUGCCUGGGUCUUCGAGCAGAUAGGAAUAGCGGAUCAGGUGAAGAAGGACCUGACGGACUGGGGCGAGCACCAAGACCAGAUUCAGCUGGCUUUCACGUGUACUCGGAUUCUGUCUGUGUUAUUGGCGUCAAUCGUGCUGGUGAGGUUUGAGUACAGGAUGGUUGCUUUGGUUUCUUCUACUGUGCUUGGCCUUACCGUUCUCAUCACGUCUUUCCUGAAUACCUCACUCGUCGCUCUCAUUGGCUUUCUUAUAGGGGGCGUAGCAGGAAUGGCUUCCGGCUUUCUUUACAUUUGCGCAAUUUUACCGGUGCUGGAACAUUUUGACGACGGAAUCUUCCGAGCGCUUCACGCUGUUCACCAGGCUGAGACGUUUGGCUAUGUCGCGUGUGCCUUGAUGCGGAUGGCGACCGGGAAUUCCUGGCGAUCACUUUUCCGCUGGCAGCUUUUGGUGAUGGUGUUUGCGUUUGGAUCAGCUUUUGAUCUUACACCUGUCGAGUUUCACGAUAGUUCCGUCAUCGUGCGAGGCACCAACGAACCGGCAAAGACCAAGCGAAAACUCACAUGGAGCAUAUUGAAACACCCUGCCAUUUACCUGUUGAUGGUUUGCUUCUUAUUCCAGCGUCUGGGAUUUGGUUACCUGGACGAGCAAGCGGGAACUCUGCUGACCGGCAGCCUCAACCUAAUUCUCUUUUUUCUGGCCCAGUGGUUGGGCCCUAUCCUAAUGUUCUCCAAGCGCUGUGUGGCCGGUUACUUCCCUCAUAUCAUCCUGAUGGCCUUCACCCUGGUUGCCGGUGUUUACACGUUAGCAAUUCCUAAAGUUGACCACUCGGACGGGCUCAUAGUUGUGUUCAUCAUCAUCGUUGGCGUGGCUGCAGCCACUACAGAGUCGCUACGGGAUGUGAUCCUAACUGCCCAGUUCCUAAAGGAGCAAUACUGCCUGGCGUUCGGGGUGCUGUACACGUGCACAGGGAUCGGGGAGAUCAUAGUGGCAGCCACAGCAAAGAAAGAGGAAGCGGAGUAUUCCGAUGACAUCCAUCUGGACUUCUUCACGCUUAACCUGGCUGGUGCCUUCGUCAUCGUGUCGGCUUUUUUUGUUCCGGCAGCCGCAGUCGUCUACAGUAAGCUUGGGUUUCCGCUCGGGGAUUGCCCCGCCUCCUGUUGUAAUUUCGGAAAGUUAAGCCGCCUCAGGGACGAGGACGAGGGCUCCGAUGGCGAAGGAAUUAUCUAGGAGGAAGUCCUUCCCUUUAAUGAUCCGGAGGACAUUUCCUAUGGAACUUCUCCACAGGCGUCGGGCAUACAGGGUGAUGCAUCGCCGGAACAGGAAAUGAUGCAACCGAUAUGAAAUGCAGCACACUUGUGAUUUUGACUGUGUAAAAAUAUAGAAAAAAUAUGCCUCCGAGCACUUUGCAUUAUCUGGUGUCCUCCCUCGUGAAAUAAUAGUGUUUAUAUUAUAGAAGAGCGACACCCGAUUCUACAUCCUCAAUACUCCAGGGGUUAUACUCACUUUCGCUUUCUGCACCCCUGGAAUAUGUCAUGACAAAAUCGAAGGCUCAGUGUGCACUACCUUGUGCUUGAGACGAGAGGAGAAGUUUGACCCUUUGACGAACAUCAAAAGAAUCUCACUGUUGCGUAACGGUAAAGUUGACUGGCUUUGAAGUUGGGUGUUGCUCGUCUAUAAUCUUUAAAUUACAGGUUUCAGCUUAGGGAUUGGUCGGGGUUUUUUUGUAACGAACACCAAUCAAAUAGCUAGCCGCGUGCCUUUUAUUUUGCCAUGACUUGUUCCAGGGAUACAGAGAGAGAAAGUGAGCGUAACCACUAAACAUCGAGGAUGCCGAUUCCAAAGCCAGUCAAUUUUACCGUUACGCUUCCAUGCACAGACGCAUUGAUUGAAUAAACAAGCCAGGAGCUUGUUGCAACAGUUAUCGAACGUAGAAAAGGUUUUGUGGUCCGCUCCUUUACUAGUAAUAGUUGUUUAUCUCAUGCAAACAAAUAAUGGAGUCUCUUCUGCCAAAUUCUCACAGACAAGUUGGUCUUUCUUCAGACUAUUACAGGAACGGGUGUAAGAUGGACGCUAAUCAGUUGUUACAUGGAAAGGGUAUAGACUGUCCCCUUAUCUUCGAUUUUAUAGUGAGGAGAGAUGAAAUAGGCGCUUAAUCAAGAUAUACACAAUGUAUUACAAGGAGAAGUGUAGGGAUUGAAGCUUAUCCAAGAUUUUUCAGGGAGG